AUGCAGGACGAAGAAGAAGAGGAAAGUUCCUGUCAGGGAGCUUUUGACCUCUAUUUUGUGCUUGAUAAGUAAGUAAAACAGCUCUAAAUGGCUACUUACAAGCAAAGACGUGAUUUAACAAAACAAAACAAAAAACAAAAAAAAGUAAGGAUGCUUGCUUGCAACAGCUUGCCAACUGAAUGAAGUUAGCUAAACUCCUAUAUAACCUAAAAUCUGCAUUUACGUAAUCUAAUUAGAAUUAUUGCAGGUUAUUUGCCUGGUUUGUGUCAUGAGACACAAAAGGUAAAAUUGCUAGUUAGCAACAGCUUGCCAACUGAAUAAGGUUAGCCAAACUCUUUAAUAAGCUAAAAUCUGAAUUUACUUAUACUAGUAAUAGUUAUUGCAGGUUAUUUGCCCUGUUUGUGUUAUGAUAUUAUUAAGAACAAACUAUGCACUCAAAUUAUUAAACAUGAAGUGAAUGAAAAUAAAAUUAACACCUUACAAUAAAGGAGCGUGAAUAGCAAAAAUAUAUGUCUACUUAUUAACCUUUUAGAUUGUAGAAUUUCUAAUUAGCAGCGCAGCAUCUGUGUUUGCGCGUGCGCGUGUGAUGACGCUUGCCGGAGUCAGCAUUGCAGAGUACAGUUUGCUGAAUAAGCAGAAAGAGGGCAGACUAUUAGGAUGUUACCAUCAUGUUAUAUCUUUCUCUUUCUCUCUGACAGCCAGGUAAACCGUGGCCCCAUUCGAAAUGCUUUAAAUAUUUAGUAACAAACAUACAAAGAAUACUAUAAAAUCUCCAUGAGCUUUUCUUGCCCUUUCUGUCAUCCUAAAAGUUUUUUUUGUCUUCGCUCAGUGGCUGAUCACCGUUCCCUCUUUCAUUUCCACUCUCCUUACGCCCACAUAGGAAAAAUGUUGUGGUUGUGUGACAUCUUAGUGCUGGACUUAAGCCGGGAAGAAAAAAAACAAGAAAAGUAGGAGAAACUUUCAGCUCGGUUUCUCUCAGUGUCAUUACUAUGUAGUAACUUAUAUUUUAACACAAUGCAGGGAUCGCCAUCUGUGCCAUAUUGUGGCUUAGAUGACACUUAAGGAGCACUGUAGCAAAAUGUUAUUUUAAUUGUGGAGCCAAAGGGGAAAAAGAGCAAAAUUAGGAUGCUCAUUUUGCAAAACAAUGCUCAACUUUUCUGUCUGCAGAGUUUAUCUGAAGUUGGAUGUAAACCAUGUUGCUGUUUCAGCUCUUAUCCUUCAUCUUGCACUGAUGGAGCAAUGCCAGGAAUGGGGAGGGGAAACAAGAAAGGACAGGAAGCAGCAACAUUUAUGGAAAAUGUGGUCUUAAUUUGGCGAACAAGAUGUUGCACGCAGCACCUUUAAAGGCCUGUUGUUACAGUUUGUCUUUGUGAUUUUAAGAUACAGGAAUCAGAAGUGUCAUGCAGAUUUGUGUCACCAGUGACUCUUAAAAACCUCAUACUGGUUGGGCUGCUUUAAUCAGUGACCUUACAUGAACAAUACUGAAGGCUCCGAUUGACAGGCAUUGCUCGGUGUCUGUGUUCUUGGUGUAAACACCGGACUAAACAGCAGCUCUAACAUUUCCUCUGACUCCCAAGCACAAGUGAACACAAAGCAUGAUGUGGACGGCUGUAUUCGGCUUGUGCUAUGUGGUAAACACUGACACAUGUUGUGAAUUAGGCCACAAAAUGUGUUUUUCAGUGUCAGCUGCUAUUGUUAGGUUGUCUGCGUGCUUCGGUGCCCACUCUCAGGGUGACUAACAAGGUUUAGCCGUUGGUUGGGGACUUCAAACAAGGAGAACCUCAUUAGGGUCCAGUCUCAUCCAACCCUCAACCCCAUCCCUCAGGCCAGAGAGGGUUUUAUGAGACACAUUCUUUACUCUGAGCCUUGGUUGAUCCAUAUGGGAGGUGUAAAGAGUGUGAGAAAGAGUGCACCAAAACACAGAAGAUACUGACCCUGUAGAGUGACAAAAAAUGCUCAAAAGGACUACAAAGCUGAGGGGUUUUAAUCUCUCCUUCAUAGACAAUGUCACCUAACCAAUGCAUAUUACAUCAGGGAAUCUGGUACAUAAAGACCAAAUCAAGUGCCGAAUUUAGUGUCACAUGCAACAAACAGUUGUGUUUUAAAAGUAAAGCAACAAAAAGAGAAAAAUCCAAAAGGCAAAAUCCACAAAGAUCACUGGGGCAAAAUCACAUGAGCAACUAGGGCAUACGCACACACCGACAAACAAUGAACCAACAAAGACAAAGGGAAGACAGGGGCUAUAUACACACAGGGAAACAAGCAACAGGUGAGGCAGACGAGACACAGGUGAAACUCGUGAGUGAUUAACAAAGGAGGGAAAACUACGGAAGUAAAACCAGACUAGAAACACAAGGAAUCAACUACUACAAAGUAAAACAAGAAAAACUAAAAACUGAUCUAAAGAAUAAAACACUGACAACAUGAGGGAAACAGGGUCAAACACAAACUGAAAACUCACAGGACAUGAUCACAGGAACAAUAGGGAACAGAAACAUGAGGGAAAACACAGAAAAUAUAUUCAAAUAAAAAAACAGUGAAAAACUAAAUCAACAGAACAUAUCAUGACAGAUGUACUGAAACUGAAAGAAAAAGGAGCAUAGUUAAGAUUAUGGCUUAUGUACUACCCUACCUCAGCAAGUUUUGAAGUUUUGUACACUAGACGUGUUUAAGAAUGAUUAUGCAGGGAGUAAUAUUAGUGCUGAGUGUUAUUAUACCCCUGCUGACAUAGCUUAAAGAGAAUACUUAAGCUUUAAUUAAAUCAGAGAUGAAUAGUAAGCCUACAGAGCUAAAGCUACUGUCACAUCCACUGCAACUUUAAUAACCACAAAAGCCAUUGUAUAGUCAACAGAAGUAUUAUUUAGAAGUCCUACAUGUCUUAUUCAUAACAUAAAUGACUGGGGUUACUGAGGACACUCUAAGUAAGAUACUGUUGUAACAACCAUUCAGAGGGAAUAUGCUGGAGAAGCCACAGUCAUUGAUAAACCAAAGCUCAAAAGCCAGUAUUUUAACUAAAACUGCAGAUAAAACUUGAUUAGUAAUCAUCCAUUCAGCUCUUUUAUGAUAUCAUAGAGAGUAUACCUCUGUAGUUUGGAGAUAUCAUAACAGUUAGCUAAUGAUAUUAGCUGUUUGUUACCUCAACAUUUUUACUGCUCUGAUUGACUUCACUUACGAGCUCAUGAACACAUCAUGAAUGGUAGAACUCGGAGUGCUCAGCAGAUUUGAUGUUUAUAACCUUUUCUCUCUUAAUUGAGCAUAUUAGGAUUAUCUUGGCUGUGUCAUAAUUAGCAAUUACAGCCAAUGAACAGAUGAUUGGAAUGUCAUUUGUAUUUUAUGAGGCGUUUUGGUCUGGACCAGAGUGGUAGUUGACCCACCAGCUAAUAUUUCCAUCCCCUUGAGUCACACUAGCACGAGAAAGCCAAAAACACUGGCAUAUUUAAGAGACUAUAAAUCAGUGUUUAGCUGGAAAGAAACUAUAAACAUAUUUUGGACUUACUGGGAUUGGUCUAGUUUAUAAAGAAGGAGAAACAUUUUAGCCAUUAGGAGUCGCACGUUUCAAAGUGAUGAAGAGAAAAGGUCUGAUGUCACGUUAUGGCUCCAACAUGUAGGACAGAGAGGGAGAAAUGGGUGGCUCCACCCUGUAGUGUGUCAAGAAAGGCUAAUGACUGAAUGGUUGCCAGUAUAAAUCUGGGACAUCUGGGACUGGGUUUGGAAAAUAUGGCUUGAAAUGAGCCACACUAUCCUCAAUGCCCUGCAGACCUACAUGUGAUCACCUAGAAGAAAGUAGGGCUGUUAGGAUAUACACUUUGUGUGAGAAAGAAAACUGCAAGAUAACAUCCAGUGACAGAGCUGAAAGGUUAAACAAAUGAAAUGACACUGAACAAUUAAGAUGUUUGUAAUUUGGUGACUGCACCAGCGUCAAGUAACUGGAAAAACAAUGUUAAUAUGACUUUAUCACAAAGUGUCUCCAAAUAAAACUGAGACAAAGGAAAGUGUUCAUUAAAUAAAAAGAUUAACUGAUUUCUUUAUAAAUAUAACCUGCAAUGCAGAAGCUAGUUGACAGCUCUAAAAAUACACUGGGGUAAAGUGAGGUUGUACUUAAAAUCUGAACUGAACCAUACUAACAUUAUAGUAUUAGCAUGCUAAUGUCAAGCCAGGGAAAUGUCCUGAUUGUGGAACACACAUCAAACAGAUUUAUACGAUUUAAGCAAUAGUAAUCCACUGAACUUAUUUUUCAUGAGUAUAGCAAUCAAAAUCAUAAGCUGCAACCCUGUUUCCUUGGAAGACAUCUAAAGAAUAUACCAAUACUCAGAAAAAAUCAUUAACAUCCUUUAAGUUUCAAAUCAUUUCUUCCCAUUGUGAGAUGUGAAGCCAAAUACUGCCUCAUGGGUGCUGACAGAUUCCACUGGUUGAGCCAAAGCAUGUGCAGAAGCAAUCUGGCUGGUGGAGCUGCUGGACUGACGUCAUACCCCUUAGGCUCUGCUGACCAAAACACACAUUGAAGUUAACAGAUAAAAAGUAGGAGAUCCCUUUACAGUCCAAAGAGACAGAUUUUUGCAUUGAUUCGAAGCAGACGCUCGUGGCUAUGCCAAGUUCAAUGACUCCUGUUGCAUUCUAAUCCACCACAGAACGCUGCAGGAGUCUGCAUUUGUCAACAGAGCUGUCAAUCAAUCAUCUUUGUAAUAUCACGUAAUGAAUGAAAACCUAAUUUGUUAGAAAAAUGAACAAAUAGACAUACAUCAGCAGAAUAAUAGCUAAAUGUUAUGAUAGAAAGCAUGUUUGAGGUAAAGUUAUUUGACAUGUAUUUUGAUUUUUAAGUGUGACCCAUGUUUCAUCUGUCACAAUGGAGAAGGCGGGCUUUAUCGUCUGUACUGCAGCCAAUCACCAGAAGCAGCUCUUAAUAUGUACGCUCCAUUUAGAAUUGCAUGUGGUUUAAUGCAACAGUAAUACUCAUUCCUUUCUCACACUUAAUGUUAUUUAGUUGCUAGAAGUAUUUGGAGUAAAACCAUCCGCCAAUUAGAUUUGAGAUCAUAGCAUAUAUUGAUAUCUUCUUAUAAUGAAAACUGCUGUUGUGGAGUCAGCGUAUUAACAUUUACAUAAGCACUGAACAUAAGAAACUUCAUUGUGCUUCAGAAAUAAAAAGCUGUGCUGUAGAGCAAGUCGGAGGGCUAUAACAACUAUUAAAAUUCAUCGAGUUGGUAACAUAAGUUGCUCUGACAUUUGGUCUAAACCAGAGUGUGGUUGACCAACCAACCCACUGAGAGAGAGAUCAACUCUUCACUCUUCACCAGAGCCACACAGCUAGAUUGGCUAAAAAUAUCCAGCUGACAGCCACCAGCUGCAUAAUUCAGAACUUGCGGGCAUCUAGGUUUUAAUAAGAUUGUCUUGUUGGUGAAUUUGGAUGUUCGUUCGAGUUAUACUUUGAAGCCCCCAUACUGCUACAUAUGUUCACACAAGGAUGUAUUUCUGCUGAUUCAGAGCAGGCGGGUCUCGGUGUGCUGUUUUAUAUGGAGGACAGCGCUGGAGGAAAGGCUUUGGGUGUGUUCAUAAGGCAGAAAGGAAUUCACCUACUGUAUAAACUGAAUGCUAAUGUUAACUCUUUCUGAAGGCUUGGAACAGAUGAUCGUGCUGACUGAAGAUAAAACGGGGAACAUGGUUAUAGGAUGAAUUUAAUUAUGACCCAAUGAACCCAAAAAAGUGAAGCAAGCCGAGUCGUCGAUGUAGCAUUUCAAGCACUUAGCAUGCACACAGUAUGUAGCCUUUAAAGUAGUCUCAGCGUCGGUGUUAAAGUCUGUGUGCUUCUCUGGGAACUGUGUUUUUUUCCACUGGCUGUUUCCUUUCAUACCUCUGUCUUGUUUCCAUCAGACUCACACUGCCCCCUCUAUCCAGGGAUUUCUCCACAUUGUGUUCUGUUAGUUGUGCAUCCUUGUUCGGAGAUUGUCGCCACUCCUCAGUGUUUUCUUUAAUAAUCACAUCUCUCAUAUAGCGCUGAUUUCUGUCUUUUAUUUACACUUCAGAUCUGUAAUCAUCGUUGCAAACAUUUUUUUGGUUACUGUUGAUGAAGUCAGAAGUUGGCACACCGGUUGGGCGUUGGGUGAUGUAGCCUGAUUCCUGGCAAGUCAGUGGAAAUCUGAACUGCAGCUGCAGUCCAUAAAUAUUUGGGAUCUGCUGGCUUGGGAAUACGUUGUAGCUGUGGAAUGACACUUGCUUUGUGUCUUGUCAUUCAGUCUUUUGGAGCGUGCUGCUUUGCUGUUUUUAACAGGAAGAAAUGUCUUGUUAAAUGAUAUCAUGCUGUCUUCAGGUCCUCGGGGACAAAAACAAGACUAGAGGUUUGAAAGUGGAUGAAUGCUGCUCCAGCUUUAACUCAAACCGUCUGGCUAUAAUUCACACAUGACUCUAAGUCUGAAAAUGAAAAAUCACAUAUCUCUUUAACCAACAUCUCAAAUGCCUCUCCACCAGAUAUUCAAAAGCGUUCUCAAAAAAUUCCUCCCGGUUUGGAGUAGACAUGCAGCAUUAGCUCAGCAGUCACCCUGUAAAGAUUCUGACUUCUGCAAAGGCUGUAAAAGUAGGUUAGUGGUUUUAAACAAACAGAUCCUUGUGCCCAGUCAGUUAAAUUGGAGCACCAUCAUUGGCUGCAGACUGGGGUGGUGUGGGUAGCUCCAGCUGGAAAUGCAGACAGCCUCUUUAGCAGAACCGGGAUUCUUUUUUUUUUUUUCCUUUAGUUUUUCUUUCUCGACUCUUUGAACCGUGAGAACGAAGCUGAGAGCCACUAAGCCCUUCACACUGAUGGAGCUUUUUCCCACAUGCCGUCAUACCAUCGCCCUCCAGGACAGAAGUGAUUGUUGGGUAGUUCGGAGUCAACUUGUGAGAGAAACGGCUAAAAUAAAAACAGUUGUCUCAGAGGACAUUAUGAACAGGCGUAACAUCAAACAGAUAUGCUUCAGCUGUAAUAUCCUUUUCUAAAGUUACCGGAUUACAGGCAUCGACACUAAAAUAGCGACCUAGGGAGUUUUUUUUUUCUUUUUUCUGCUGAAGAAUAAAAAAUUGUAUACUUAUAGCUUUUUUUUCAUCUUUUUCUAUGUUUAUAAAUGUCUUUUAUCCCUCAUUAGCUUACUGUUUAAUUAGGAGAAAAGUAAAUGAGUUCAGAAUAAAUAUUUAGUUUUUAUACGUGAUGCAUCAUUGAAUUAUUGUCAGAGUGUCUUUGAGGUUAAAUCUCUACAGGGAGGGCUAUCAAAGGGUGUCUGCCCUCUCUUUGUCGGCAUGUGGAGAGGAUCAAACUGUGAAGACUGGGCGGCGAUGGGGAGAUUGCUGAUGACAUCGUCUAUAGCUGGGGAAAGUGAUGACGCUGCAAAGACUAGGCAGUGAUAACAAGGUGGAAAGUUGCACAAAAUGCAUGCAUGUGGGAACAAGGGAGGAGAGAGCUUAAUAAAAAAGACUAAUAAUAAGGGUGUGUUGCUGUGCUGUUAGAUAUGACCUGGUGAUGAGAAUAGCUAAUGAGUGCAGGAACAUGUGCGAGUGGAACAGUGAAUGAAUGAAAAAUGAAAUAGCAUGCAGAAUAGAGUCUGCAGGCAAUACAACCAAACCAAGAUGUUUACACUCUCCAAGGAGUGUCAGUAUUUUGAAAUGGUCAGCAUUACUGUAAAUUACACAAAAUACUCCCAAGUAUAAACACACUCUGAUAGUCCCGGACACACACUCCAGCACACACGUACACAUACACUUGACGCACACAUUGACUCAUUUGCAGAUCUAGUCAUUCCAGAUCUAACCAAGUCAGAAAAUAAAGUCAUCGCUGAAGAAGAUUGAAGAUGUUUUUGUUCUUGGAUAACCUUUAUCUCCUCCCUUUUUUGUAUCACUGAACAGUAAUGAGUGUGUAUCACUAACUGUUGUGCACACGUCAGCUUGGAAACAACAAAGUAUGUCUCUUAAUGUUUGACGCAGUGAUGAAGCAACAAAAGAAAUCAAAGGGUACAUGUUUAAGGCACAUACAGAUUUAGAAGCAAAAGCAACCAUUUAUAUCAACAGCAGUUUGAUUGAUGGUUAACAAAUGUCUGUCUUCAGGUAUAUUUAGAAGUUAUCUGUGUCUUUACCAAAGACAUGAUCGAAAAAGGGACAGAAAAAAAUAUCAUGGUUCUUGAUACCUCAGGGAGAACUGGCACUAGAGGUGUCCCAAUAUGAUAUUAAUAUUGGAUAUCAGUCCGAUAUCACCAAAGAAACGAAUAUCGGAUUAUAUCUGCCUGCAUCUAAAAUCUCCGAUAUCAGCACAAUACCGGUAUCGUAUCGGAAGUCAAAAAGUUGUAUCUGGACACCCCUAACUGGCACAUCAGCUCCUCAUAUGUUACCAUAACAAGUAUCUGUCAGCUUUUUAGUCUUGCUCUAAAGAGUUCAAAGAGUUCAGGAUACUCUUACCUAUACAAUAACUCAAGAGUAUUCCUCAUUUAUUUCCUGUAAUUUGUGUUUCCGUACCUGUUUUUUGCCACCAUCAUGACAGUGGAUAUGUCAGGGACACAGUAAUUCAAUCAUGUACCACCAGCUUUGGUUGUUGGUGAUUCUGGCUGUUUUUCAUCAGCUGUGUUGGCUGAAACUCAGAUUUGGGUUGGAGGAGAAAAACUUGGCCUCACACUCAAAGUCGUCAUUGAACCAUUCUUGGCAUGUUUCCUCUGGAGGACACGUUGGCGCUGGAGCCAACAGAUUUUUAACUUUAUCUAACUCCAAGUCAGCAGAGUUUCAUAAAAUCUUGUCGAUAUGGCUUUUUUUAAAUCUUUGUCAGGCUCUUUUCUUUUCUCUCUUGUACUUUCUGCCCUCAAAUGGCCUUUUUCCAGACACAUGCUGCACACUUUGCUCAAAAUUAUCUGAUAGAGAAAACCCCGGUCCUUGGUUUUGAUCAUUUGCUGUGACAUUACAUAACUUUAACCUGCUGUUGGGCUGGAUCACUUUGUCUGCAAAUUUGACGCCUCUCACCCCUCAGAAACCUGUACUUUUAAGUCCAAACCCCAAACCACUUAACUUCAGAGAUGAACUUAGAUCAUUAAAAUUAGAUCAAAAGAUUUACAGGAGGUUAAGGCACCGCAUUAAAUAGCCUCACCAAGAAUCAUAGAAAGAAAUCGACCACUUCCUCUCCCAACACUGUUUAGACAGGUGAGUGAAACUGCAAGCUAGGCCUGGAUCCCACGACUGCAGCUACCUCAGACAACCAAACCGCUCCAAGGCAAACAAGAGCCAUUGUGGUUGAGGAAUAAAGAUAAGCAGCUUAAAACCAAAAGUGGGAGUCCUCAGAUUCACCCUGAUGUUAAAUAAAUACUCAAGACUGAUCUCAACACCCCUGCUGGGGCUGAUGGAAAGUUUAGACAGACUUAUAUUAAUUUUUCCCCUACUUUGUUGCUGUAAUGGAACAAUUUACACAAAGAAAUUGGCUCCUGCUGCUCCCUCAGGUCAGAAGCUGUCUGUGUAUGUGACUAUUUCUGUUUGCGCUGCACAUUUUACUGAACAUCCAAGCUAAACAUUUCUCCUCCUCCUCCCCCAGCCCAGGCUUUUCAUAAUUUGGGAAACUUCAGCAUCCAUUGAAAGGUCUUGUCCUCUUUUGUUGCACAGCCAGUUCGAAAAUGUGUAGCCGUGAUGUUGAAGAAGAAGCCGCGUCAACAGAUUACAGAGACGCUUUGGGGUUGGGGUGUUAAGUUGCCCCUGUUUGCAUCUGUUCAGAACAAAAGGAAAAAUAGCAUUAAAGCUAACAUUAUAUAAGUAUGUAUUUAAGGUGGAGGUCUGGAUUUUACCAACAUGGGUGGUCAAGGGUGCUCAAACCUGAGCCUGCAGCGUUGGCAGUGAUGCACUGCUCCACUCUUUCUGCAGAACCCAGUUUUCUACUUCCUCUGGAGCAAUCAAUCUGUUUGUUUUCCUUGGAUCUGAGUCAUUUCUGUUGGGUCUGCUACUGUUUUUGGUCCUGAUUCCUCUAAAAUGCUGUCGACUGCACCAAGUUUGUUCGGGGUAUUUAAGGCCAAACGUCUUGCAUCUGCAGAAGUAUGUCCUUGUUUAUUCUGUGCGACAACAGAAGCUGUUCUUGUGGCCAACCUUAAAGUGAAAAAUUCAUGUUUGGAAGAAUACAUAAAGACAGCAUGUAAGUUACAAUGUUCAGCCUGUCAAACAGAGCAGAUAGAUUACUGUUCUGCAGUACAAAGAGUUGAAAGUGUGUGAUGCAUGAUGGGAAAGUCCCUGGUUGACCCUGGCAAUAUUUCCCCCUUAGUUUGGAGAAAUUAUCCCUCUGCUGCCAGGCAAUAAGACAAAAACACAGUGGGGUACAACCUUGAGUCAGCCUCAGCCCAGCAACAUUAGUCACAGUCCACUUCUAUUGCAAGUUUUGGGUCUGAAGAAAACUUUUGUUUUUCAAAGCAAGUCCCAGGACGUGUGUUUUUGCUUUGUCCUUGUAUCAUGAGGUCUCCAAAUUAUUGAAACACACUGUAGAGAAAAUUAACUUUUUUUCCUCUUAUCUCAUUUACUGAACAAAUGUUUUGAUCAGGUCAAAGAAGCAGGAAAAUCCUGUGAAACUGUUCUUUCUGUUUAUUAUGUCUAGAUGAGACUCAAACAGAUUUGUGAGGGAACUAGAAACUAUUACAAACAAAAGGUAAGCUAAGAUAACAGAGUCUGUGUUUAGUCUGGUCCACGUCGACUCCCAUACAGCCAGUUUCAAACUGUUGAGUUAAGUUUUACUUCAAAGAUUUUAGUAUCAUGUCAUUUAUUUAAUCAAAUGACCAUCAGACGAAAGUAUUUAGCGGUGUCUGAAAUGCUGCACCAAGCGUUGUACAACCAUGUAUGUGUGCAUACAUAUCUCACAAAACAAUCUCAUUAAAUUCAACACAGCAAGCCCUUUCUAUACACUUUGUAAAAACAUUUACAAGAACCCAAUUUGAUCCACUUUGUGUAAGCACAGUGGUAAGGGAAGAACUGUAUUUUCACAAACUGAAAGCUGAAGCUGAAGCAAACUUGGUGGUGGUAAGCUGUCUCAGGUGACUGUGUGAAGAGACAACAACAGAAAAAGAAGCUAGAUUAAUCAACUCAAUCUCAGUGUGAACAUAUGUCCCAUCUAAGCACCAAAGCUAGUCAUGGAGUUCCUCAAGGUUUGUUUCUUGGACUGGACUGAUUGGACACACGGUCCCUGUACUCUUAUAAAAUAUGGUCUUAUUUACCAGCUUUUACUGAAUGGAUGCACAACGUCAGAGAAAAAUACUUUGGAUGUGGCUGGUGGUGAGUUUUACAACCUGGAAACUUAAAUUGAAAACUGUCUUUUAGGUUAGUCAUGUUACCACUUUGUAGUUAUAUUCGUCCACUCUGUCAGUUUGGCCUCAAAGCUCUGUAUUUUUUUUUCUCUUACAUGCUGCACUGUCGUAUCAUGUAUAUGUGCUAAAUUGAAGGGUAUUCUAUCAUGUAUUUCCAGCAUCUUGAGCUCAAUAUCUUUCUUAAUCCCUUUCAAAGCACUUCACAUAAUGAAAUCCGUGUAAUUCCAGUGGAUAAAAACUGGUUUUGACCUUCUGCCCCACAAACAGAAACAUCACAUCACUCUAGCUGGCCAGUGCUCUCGUGUUAAACGUUACGUCAGUUAGUCUGCACCUAAAACAACAGUCAGUCAACUUUGCACCUUUUAUUCUUAACAAGCUGAGACCUCUAAGGCCUCUGAUUUAACCACAGUCAAUUAGUUAAUUUCCCAUGUGUCAUCUCUGUGGCCUACUUGUUAGCUAAUUAUUGACCUGCUGGCUGGUCUCAUCAUGCCGGAAGCUUUCAUCCCUCUUAAUAAAAUUAACACAAACACAUGCGCACAUACACACAGUCUGCCUAAAGGAAAUGAAGGGAGCUCCAUAGGGAGAGCGUCCAGUUUUAUGGAUGUCCCCUUGGGAGAUCAGGACCUCUUUCCUUAGCCUCCAGGGUCUCAUUUAGAAAACAGGAGGGUGCUAAAUAACACACCACACGUGUGAGUAUCUUGAACCCAGUCUCAGUAUUAGUAGGCCAGAAGUAGCCGCAGUCUGUGUGAUACCAGCCAGAGAGGCUAGUCCGAAAGCUAAAUAGCAUGUUAGCUGUUGAUAAAAAGAUAUCUUCUAUUUUCACCGUUGAGUGAAUAAUGGAGGAUUAUACCUUUCGUUACAAAUGCAAUGAAUGAUUAUAAAGUUAUAGUAACAGGAUAAAUAGUUGUGUUUGGCCAAGAACAGCUUGUUCUCCAUGUUGUGGAGCUGAUGAUUUUACCCCCUGUUGUAUUUGGCUAACAAAGCUGCACUUUUCUUGUGUGACUGCUCUACCAUAUGUAAAGUUUGAAUCCAACCAAAGCUUGGGUCUUGGUAUUAAGUGUUUGCUGAAAAAAUCAUUAACUCACUCAAAUUUUAUUCUACGGUCGAUAUAUUACCUUUUAAUUGUGCAAGCAAUGCCAAUUUUUUAUGCUAGCAGUGUCAUGAAAAGUGCUGGGCUACUGAGGGAAACUUGCUGCAUUCACAGUUUCGUGGAAAACCUUUUAGUCACUGCACUGGCAUUGAUGCAUGUUGUGGGUUGGAAGUUUAAUAACCUUAUAUGAACUACUUCAGUCUUACCUUAAUGCUGUGUAUUUUAAUUCUUCUCUUUUCCUUGUCUUUAGGUCUGGCAGUGUGAAGAAUCACUGGGAGGAAAUCUACUACUUUGUGGAGAAUUUAGCAGAGAAAUUUAAAAGGUAAGAGGCGAAUUGAAAAAGCAUGCUGACUAACCAAUCAGAUUUGUUGCAAAAAGGAAAGAGGGAGCUCAAAGAGUGAGCUCAGUACUGUAACAUUUACACACCAAAAAAGCCUUGUGUCUUUUUAUACUAAACUUCCUGCAGUUCCCGGGUUGUAGAUCACUAAAGAGAAACACACACUUUACACAGCAGUCACCCCGGUAAAGUAAAAGAAAAUAUUUCCCUGCAGCUACAGCCAUAUGCUAAUUCAUUCAGCACCCAGGCUGAAGUCUCCCUCUGUCCCUGCAGUGGUUGAACUGAUGUCUGGAAGCCGUGUGGUUACAGGCAAUGACUACAGGCUUGUGUCUUUCUUCAUAUGAGCAGCCUGAAUUAAGAUUAAUUCAGUGAGUAGAGGAAAAGUCAAUUUCACUGUAUAAAAAGUUUAAUAUUUGACUUGAUAUAGCCAUAUCAGAUGUGUAUUCUGUGUGUAGAAUUCUUAAUGCAAUGUGCAUGUUAAUCACUUUAAUCAUUCACCUAUAUAACGUACUAGUUUCAGCACAAUUAAUGUGUUCUCUAAAAUCUGCCUACUGUUUCUGGAUCACACCAAUAUACAGUUUCCCCUGUGCAUGGUAUCAUUUUCUGCUUCAUUUGUUCCCAUGGUGACUAAAUGCAUGCUUAGACAAAAGUUGUUUUUUGAAGCAAUGUUAAGCUCAUGCAGUGAUUUCGACUUAAGAGCCAUUUGUGUUUUACAUGCAGUACUUGCAGAUGUACAGUAUUGUUUUUCAGCUUUGUCUCUUUCACACAGAGAUUUACUCCAAGUCUCUGAUUCCUUUCAUGAUUUUAAGUACUACAGAUGAUGCAAUUCCCCAAUUCUUUGCAAUUUGACCAUUAAUUGUUAAACUAUUUUCUCACACAGUCUCUCACAGAGUGGUGAACCUCUUCCUGCCUUUACUUCAAAGAGACGCAGCCUCUCUGGGCUGCCUUUUUUCUUCCCAGUCAUUUUACAAACCUUUUUGUAACCCUAACCCAAACAUGUCAUGUAAAAAUGAUUCAGAAACCAUCAAAUUCUGUUUAUAUUGACAUUGUGUAUCUGAACCUUCUCUGCAGAUGUGGUUGUAUAAUGCAACAUUAGAGAAGUAAGAUUGUACUAAAUUCAGAAUUGUGUUUUUGCACUUGGGUGGUUUUGUUUUGUCCGUACAGCUUGAAAGCCACAACAACACCUGGAGCUUUGUGGUUUCUCCAUAACAAAGAAUCAACACAUAUUCUUCAUACUUUCAGUUUUAAACAAACAUGAGAACGUCUUUAGCAGCACAAAUCUGCACUUAUUUACUUCUCUCAAAAACCAUUCAACACAUUAUUUUCAGACAGCUGUGUGUUUACUUGCAUUUUUAUUCCCUUCUAAGUAUGAUUGUCCAUGUCCAAACAAAGAUAACAAAGUUUUCCGCUUUUAUAGAUUGUUGACACAGCUCCAGUUUCAACUUUUAGGUCAUUGUCACGCAAACUGAGCCAAAACCCCACGCCUUAGCACAAACUCUAACAUGUUUUUCACUGCUGUGUUACCUUGUUUGACUGCACACAGAAAGAAAAUUCCCCCACAGGCUGUUGGAUUGAACUGAAAUAAUGUGAAAUAGUUCAUCCAUAAGUAUUCUAUUCUUGGAAAUUCUGGCAUGAGACUAAAGCUAACAAUGGGGACUGCCAACUGAUUCAUGUUUAUGCGGCAAACAACAUGUUUCAGAACAGCUCAAACAAAGUAUUGACAUGAUAUAUCUGAUCAAUGUCAGCCAAUAUGGAAAUGUUUGAUGUAUAUGUUGUGAAUUAACAUUUGGCAGGAUAUUGUUAGUACUGGGUCCAUCUUUAGGGAUUUUAUUGCUGCACACUAUUAAAACCAAACCCUCAAACAUGUGGUCUGCAGAGUGACAAUGCUGCUUUUAUCUUGUUCUUCCAGUCCUAUGCUGAGGAUGUCCUUCAUAACGUUCUCCUCCAGAGCAUCCACCAUCAUGAAACUGACAGAAAACAGGUAAAAACAUUCAGACUAAUGGGAAAGCAGAUGUUCUUGCUGUUGAUGCGACCACCUCUUAUUUGAUCAAAAUGCUGUGUUUUUAGUGAGUUUUCUGAAUAAAAAAUGAAAUCUCUACCUGCCGUCAUCCCCGGAUGUGGGUUUUCAUUUACCACAGAUAACUGCAAAUCAUCUAAACAUAGUAGUAAAGGAGAAAAACAAAAUAAUGCAAAUAAUUAGGAAAGGGGGAGAUGGACUGCGCUGUGAAACCAACUCUGCUGUCUUUCCUCUCUGCAGGGUGAAUAUCAGAAAAGGGCUGAACGCUCUGAAAAGAGAGAUCCCUGGUGGAGACACAUUUAUGCACCUUGGACUGCACAAAGUGAGUAUUUCACCUCAUGUCAAACAUUGAGGUUCUGGCUGUGCUGUGGGGGGUGGGGGCUGUCAAGGGAGCUGUCAGUCCUUCCUCUAGUUGCCUUUCCUGGCCCCCUCCUUCAUUGCUGUGUUAUGAAUUAUGGAGGUUAUGGUUAUGGUAUCCAAUAUUGUGUAGAUAAUGGCUUACAGCUUUAUGAUUUGAUAGCAGCAGUGCAUUCUUACUUUGUUUGUUUUUUACAAUCUUUUUUUCUCCUCAAAGCCAUUUUUUAUGUCAUAUUUGUAAAGAUACCAAUAUUAUAACCAUAUGACUUUCUCAUUAAUAGCUAAGCUGUUUUGGGUAUGAAUAUAAAGCACAUUUAAACAGUCUGUCAUCGCCUAAAAAUCUGUAAAUAUUUCACCUGUGUUAUUUUGUUCACAUGUUCAUCAAUCUCAGAAUAAAAGCUGUAUUUUCUCUUAUCAUUUAAAGGCAAAUGAGCAGAUUAACCAAGAGAAUUUUGGUAAGCAUCAGAUCAAUCAUUUUUAUAAAAACUUUGAACACUGUCGAGUACAGCAAAGGCUAAAUCUUGUCUGUAUGAUUUUUUUUUUCCAGGCACAGCCAGCGUGAUUAUUGCACUGACAGAUGGAGAGCUGCAGGAACACCAGCUCAUCACAGCACAGCAGGAGGUAAACCUCACACUAAGAUCAAUUUCCUGAAACCUGCUGUAUUUAAGUAUAAGAUACAAGGCUCAUUUAGAGACAGAAAUGUUUGCCCUGCUUGAGUGCAACUUUUCAGGAAAUAAACAUUUUAUUUUCUCUUUCUUUCCACAGGCAGAGAGAGCCAGAUCCCUUGGAGCUAUUGUGUACUGUGUUGGUGUGAAAGAUUUCAAUGAGACACAGGUAAAAACCUUGGCAGUCCUAUCGACUUGAACUAUCUCAAACAUCUGCGGGCCUGUUUUAGUUUACUGGGCACACCACAUGAUCAGGAAUCAGGAAUCCAGAGUUGGUAAAACAUCCAAAACCCUGCUCCUUCCACUCUGCGCAGUCUGUCUCACCCAUAAUUUAAACUUUCCUGAAAGCUAAUACAGGUGAUCUUACUUCAGCGGCCUCACAGGCCAACACACAAGGCUGAGCUGAAGAAAAGUCAGAACCUUGAAUAAUACGAAACGGUUAACCUCAACAUGAUGAUGUGGAGUUGGAUUCAGGGUCGAGAAAUGAAUAUGAACAGUUUUAAGAGCUGAGUGCUUUGUCUCUCAUAAAGGCUGGAAGACCUCAAAUAACCAGACAUGGUUUUCCUCGAGUUCAGUUUGGCGCUAUUUGAUGAUCGUAAAUGGUCCUGUUACCUGACUGUAGGUAAUACAUGAUGCGGUCAUAAGUUCCAGCAGGUUUCUCUUGUUUGACUGUUCUUAGCAGACUUAAAACUCAUUCGAUGAAAAACAUCUGGUCUAGAGUCUCUUAAAAUUGAGACUCACAAGCACGUUUGAAGCCGGUUUUGGCUUGUCAAGAAACGUUAAAUCUCAGCAGCUCAGUGUUAUACUCUAGUUGUUAACUGCACCACAGCUAGAAACACUUGAAAAUGGCCUGUUAUUUAAUUUUGAACAAGUUGUUUAUUUAGGAUUUUGCUUCUCUUUUUUAUACAAUUUUAUUUAUUUAUUAUUUUUAUCUUCAUUUAUUUAUUUUUAUACAAACCUCUUCAUCUACCUCUCUCCCGCUGUAGCUGGCCACCAUCGCAGACACCAUCGAGCACGUGUUUCCCGUGUUGGGCGGCUUCCAUGCUCUCCGAGGAGUCAUAGAUUCGGUAAACAAACUCUUCUUUGUGCAGAGAUGAAUUUCUGCAAUGUAAGGUCAUGAAAAGGCUGUACACAUGCUCACAUACAUUUACAUUUACAGUACCUUUGAUUGACUCUACAUCAGCACAGUCAUCUCUCAACUCACUCACCACAUUGAGGUUUACAACUACGUCCCGAUACGAUAUUGAAUUGGAUUAUAUCGGCCUGCAUCUAAAAUCUUUUAUAGCAGCACUCCGAUACAAGCAGUCCAUUCCAGAGUCCACUCCAUCACCUCUACCUAGCAGCACCCAGAUCCAUCAUGCAGAGCCCACAUAAUCAUAACAACAGUGUGUACGAAGGUGACAGAAAGUAACAAGAAGUAAGAUUGAUGUUGGCAGUGUGGCGAUAUUUUUCGUUGAAGUCCAAAAAAGACAUUGCAACUGAGUUCAAAACACAAGUAUGUGCCAAUAUCGGAUCAAUAUUGGUAUUGGUCGAUACUGAAGGCUACAAUAUGUGUUGUAUUGGAAGUAAAAAAGUUGUAUUGGGACACCCCUAUUGACAACGAAAGAAUUCACAGGUAGCACCGAGUAUUGGCCCAUAUAUAGUUUUUGUAAAAAGACAGUCUUUAAGUUGUCCUAUCACGAGAGGAGAUGAAGUAAAUUUGUCUGUCUAUACUGAGCUUUUAGUUCCUUCUUUAAACCAUUGACUUCUUUUCAUAUGUUUUUCAUACAUUCUUUUGUUUUACAUUUGUAAAUAUGUUCCCUGUAUUUUCUCUGUCCCGCCUUCAGAUCAUCAAGAAAUCCUGCAUUGAAAUAUUAGCAGCUGAGCCCUCCAGUGUGUGUGCAGGAGGUGGGGCACUGCAUACACACACACACACUCACACACACACACACACACACAAUCACACAUGCACUUAAGUGGGUCUCCCUGAGUCAUCCAGCAGCACCAGCCACCCAUCACUUCUGUAACUGUUGUUAAUUUCAUUACCGAGUGCCCAGUUUCCCGACUCUCACUUUAGUAAUGACAAUCCCAGAUUGAAAAGCGACCUUAUAUGGGCAUCCAGGUCAGUUACAGGAAAUCUACUGGGACAAGUUAGAGCAGUGGGAAUAAUAUCUGAGGCCUCAUUAAAGGGAUCAUUGAAGGACCAUGAGAGACUGGCAGAGCUGAUGUUGGCUGCAGCUGAAAUGUCAAAUAGACACCAUCCUUUAGUGUCCUGCCAGAGAAAGAUUAUUGCAGUUAUAGCAGCAUUAAACAAACAUGAAAAACACCAAUGAACAGAUAAAAGCUGAGCUUGAUUAAAUACCACUGGCAAAAGCAGAAGGAACUUUUACAGCUCUUCACAUCUGCUUAUGCCUUUUAUUAAGCAGUAAAUUACUUUCACUCCUCUGGAGGAAAAAUAUUUUACUUGAAACAGAAUAUUAGUCUCCUGUCAAUUGCCACAAUGAUCGAUGCUCAGUCCUGCAGUCUCAUUUUCACUAAUUUACAGCAGAGCAGUUUCUCUAAUUUAUAGACAGCAGCUGAUAUAUUGAAGUUAGAGCCAUUUAUCUUUAAAACUUUGUCAUAUGAUUGGCCUUGAUUUGUGCUAGAAGAGCUGACUGAGAUGUAUUUUGUAUAUUUCUAUAUUCAGGUGUGUAAUUUAGUGUGAAAAACCCAAACAAGCUUUUUGCAGCCCAGAGUGGUCAACCUUGAAUCCAUCUCUAUAGACUCUUUGAAACUGACCACAGAAAAAUGCAUUUAUAAUCAAAUACAAGCAAGUUGGAUUUUAACAAUGGCAGGAAAUGUAACUGUAAAGUUUUAUAUGAAAGUAAAAACAGUUUUAAAAAGUGGUUUUCAUCAUGAUUCAGAUUUUUUUGAGCAUUUCUGAGGAAUUUUCUGUUCGAGUUAGUUUUGGCUCCCCCUGUGGACAAAGAAAACAUUUAAUUUAUUGGUUGAUUUUGUCCCGUACAUGCAUAGGUUCAUUCAAAAGUCAAACAUAAGAAAAUGUCAAAACAGACUCUUUUUGUCGUCAUACUGUUCUUCGCCUCUUUUGAUAUCUACCCAGUUGCACAUACUGAAGUUAUAUUAUUAGGAAAAGUCAGCCCUGUUGCUGCUUGUCUAGGUCUUCUUUUGUAGGUCAUAUCAUUCAGCAUCAGUGUUUAUUUCAGCCUGUUUUAUAACUAGUUAAAAAUCCUCACAGGAGCUUUAAUAUGUCAACACAUCAAUUUGUUUUGUGUAACCAGAGUCUUUCCAAGUGGUGGUGAGAGGAAACGGUUUCCUCCAUGCCAGAAACAUCGACCAGGUGCUCUGCAGCUUCAAAAUCAACGAUACUAUCACAAUCAGUGAGUACAUCUUCUUCUUGCCAGUUUAUCUUGUCAUUUAUAUGUUAACAAUCUACCAUCAGUCAUUUCCUAGUAAGUUCAAACUGAAGAGUCUACUUUUGAGGAAAGUAGAUUUAUUAGUCUGUUUUUUCCUUCCAGACGAGAAGCCAGCGGGAGUAGAAAACACGUUCUUACUGUGUCCAGCUCCUGUCAUUGAUGAAGUCGGGAAGUAAGUGCUUCUUUUAUGACUUUAUGAUUAAACUACUUUUAGAUUUCUCAAAGGCAGUCUUGUGUUUCACAACUCUUGGCUGGACUGUGCAUCUUAAAUCACAUUCUUUGCCACAAACUCAGGGAAACACGUGUAUGCAGACACGCGUCUGUAGGCACAGACCAGGAGAAGCCUGCCAUACAUUAGCUCCUUUUAUGAUCCCUAUCGGAGGCCACAUUCCUCUUUUGGAGAUCCCAGUACAGCUUAGCAAAAUAUAAGAGACUCUGUAGCUGUGCCAGCACAUGCAGUGGUACACCCUUCAUCUAUUUGUCCUACUUCUGUCCUGAAUUAGGACAGAGCAGUAAAAACAAGUGGAAACAAUUGGUUUCUGGCAUUUAUAGGCACAGGCAAGGCAGGAAUGGAGACCUAGAAAUCUAAAAGGAGUCAGUCCUUUAUUUGCUAAAUCACAGUUUUUAUGUUCAUGACAAAAGUGACAAAAAUAAAGCUGCUCAAAGUGUUUUUAAACUCUUUCUACAUGUAUACCAUAUAUAGUUUUUGAGCUAAUCAUGUAGUCCUGUAAACUGUUCUGUGCAUAACUCUGGAGAAUCUUGAGAAUUUAGUGUGAGAAAACAAACUCCUGACCUCAGCUGUAGUUAUCUGCUGGCCUCAGACUCAAUUAAAUAAGGAGAGAUCUGAUAAUGUGACAUGUAUUUCUUAGUUCAGUAUCAGAUUUAUUGCCACACAUUAGGGGGAAAAAAGCAUGUAUCCGUCUCUCUUGUGUUCUCUGGCUUCAUGGAGAGAAGUCUAAGGUGGCAGGCUGAGAAUACGGCGACAUCUGAGGUUAUUUUAUUCAAACAUUCACUUUUUGGCCGUGGCCAGGGUCACUCUGUAUAAGCUCUGCUCUCUUUUUAGAGCCACAGCAGCCUCCAAAAUCAACAAUCCACAAACCUCUCUAACCAAAGUCUUUAUGAGGAGAAAAGUACAACAGACCACAGAGGGGGUUCAGCGGACAGUGGUUAUAAACUUUAAACUACAUGGAGACAAAAGAGGGGAGGAGAUGACGCUUUAAACACACCUUAUGUAACUGUAAUUGUGUUGGUGGGGGCAUACUUGUAGGACUCUGACACAGAUUUCUUCUCUUUAUAGCCCCAAUGAAGUUAUGAAUCUCAUUUUACAGUUUAUUUAGUAUUUGCUCUGGCAGUGAGGUGGAAUAAAGGGAUUUGAGUUUAGCUACUUUGGGGAAAGAUUUAAAGUACCUGGACUGAGGUCUUGAUGUUUUAAUCAAUACUCUAUGAGAAGGAUCGUAAAACUGAGAGUACUUGCUGACCUGUUGCUUCCUUUAAACUUCCCAUCAAUCCAGGUCAGCUCUGCCUUUGUAUAUUUGUUCUGCUCUUGCCUUAGUUCCCCAAACUUUCCAUCCCAUCCCCUCCACCUCCUGACUCCCCCAGUCCCACACUUAUCUUUGUUUCCCUCCCUUCCCCCUCUCUCCAGCUCUGCCUUGACUUUCAGUGCCACCGUGGCUCUUUUCCCCCCACUGUUUUACCUCCCUGGUUGUUUUCCAGCCCCCUACCUCCACCGUCUGCCCGCUUGUUCACUUCUUUGUGUGUAUCUGUCUUUUAUUUGUCCCUGUCACACACAAACCUCACGUUUCAUCCCCUGUCAGUCUCCAGCUCUCUCUCAACAGUCCUCUUGACCACUUCUGGCUGAUCAAAGCUGUGCAGCAGCUAGCCGGGUCUUUCAAGUGCAGCAGUUUGAAAACCCUUAAGAUAGAGGGGGCUCAAACUUCUACAUUAAUACCCAGACUGAUUGGCUUAUUUUAACUGUUAAGCAGCUGUUUGUAUUCUCAGAUUCAAUUUCUGCAGUGCACUCACUCACUUCAAAACCUUCUUCGCUGCAGCGGUGCAUCUUUUUCUAUUUUGUGUGAGUAUACUUGGUAAAUUUGUCAUCCUAGACAUGACAUCAGAGCAGCUAUGUUUGACUAGCUCUGUAAAUAAAAAGAGUCAUACAGGUUAUGUCACAUUACUCAGAGUUUUUAUGUGGGGUUAUUUUGUGAAGGCAGACUGACCCACACCACCUAGCAAGCAGCAGACAAACUAUAGUGUGUGUCUAGUUCAAGUGUGUGUGUGUGUGUCCAUGCCUGUGCUGCCUGUCUGUCUGGUUUAUUUCCUUGCUUAACAGCUGUCAGACAGGGUGCUCUAAAAGCCACAUUUCCUUUCCACAUCCUCUAAUUCAUACUGGUCAGUUCUCUCUGGUCACUCCAUAUCUUAACAUUUUCCUUUUAGUAUCCUGUUUCCUUCAUUUAAUCAUUUGUUACAUUCCCACUUAUAGAAAUUCAAUUAGUACUGGCGAGAUACACCCAAGGAGUUACAUCAAAUGGGUAUUUUCUGGACUCUGCAGCAUCACACCUUUCCUUGUUGAUUGUCAGUUUCAUAUUUUUUAGUUUAAAGGCAGUUGGCUAAACCAAAGUUUUUUUACCCUUACAAAGCAUAGACUGUAUAUAGAAUGGAUGCCGUCUGCCUCCUCGCUGGGUGUAGCCACCGCGAGAACAGCAUCCUCUGGUGGCAGGCUGAAGUAUAGGUCAUAAAUCCCGCCUCCUCCAGCAAUCCCUAUGGGGCUGUGGACAAACUUUAGAAAUUUAUUACACAGAAUAUACAUUUUUCUCCCCCCUGGUUGAGAUGUUGACAUGUAGUUACUGUCAGACUGGUUUGUGCUCAAGUCCUUUUUUUUUUUGUACAGCUCCGUUUUAAAAGCUAUUAGGGGGUUCAUGUUUUCCAUGAUUGACACCUAAUACAGCCUAUGGGCGUACGAAGAUUGCAUAGCUCACCCAGGGGAUAUGCUGUUUGAGCAGAGCAUCAUCACAGCGACUCUCGAGGACUCUUCCAUGGAAUGAGUACAAUGCUACUGCAUGGUGGUUUCAGGAACCAAGGUGGAAGGUGGAACCAAGUUGUCCACAGUAUAUACAGUCUAUGAUCCAAAGCAACAAAAAGUGAUGAUUAGGGCCUUAGCACCAAAUGGUGCAAGGAUCCAAGAGUUUCCCUGUCCAAAGCUUCACCUUGAAAGUUGAGUCCCAUGUGGUUAGACAAGCCAUAAGACCGUGAUGAUGCAGUAUUGUGACGACUGCAGUGUUUAAGUGGAGGGCAUGUGCCUGGUGACAUGGUGAACCUCAGUAUCUCACCAUAAAACAGGUUACGCAAACUUUCACCUCCUCUGAUAGCGCCACCUUGUGUAUAAUUGACACAUGAUGACAAUGUUUGAUUUGCUUCAAAUUUCAGAAGUAUGAUGAAAUUCCCAACACUUGAAGAUCUGAAUAUCAGCGUCUGCCUUACAUUGUAGUUUUUGUGCUAUCUUAGCAAUACGAGCUGAUGUUACUCUCAUUCAAUUUAGAAUUAGAGUCAGUUCUUGGCUGUCUGAUGAUAACUUGAUCUGUAGCGCCACCUACCAGUAAAAGCCUGUGCUCUGUCUGAUGCGUAGUGCUCUGUUUACUUCUGUAGAGUAAAACUUGCUCAAAGCAUCAGGGCCCUGAAGCUGCAGAAGAUCUCUUGGAAUUUAGCUUCGUAUUUGUGACCUAGUUCAGAGACUGUCUCUUGUAUGACAAAGCCUCUCGGGGCCGGGUGCCACAGACAGGGGAAGGAGGUUUGAAAGGUUUGGGAGACAUAAUAACACAUUGUUGUUCUUGGCUUAAAACAGCAGCUGUGCACAGAUCAGCAAAUUCAACAACAAUGUUUACAUUCACGGCGGUUUCCUGUGAUAUGUCACUGCUGUUGUAUUUAUGGCUUUUAUCUUGAGCUCAGUUCAUUUUUUGUUGCAGGAAUGUUUCACAUCCAACUGUUUAUGGUCAAACUCUGCUUUUUGUCAUUGUUUGCACUCAGACUUGGACCUUUUACCACUCAAAGAUGAUCAAAACAUAAGCAAGAACUGCCCCUCUGAAGCUUGUUUUGAUGUUUCAGACCCUUAGUUUGCAUAUUUUUUGCCGCCAGGAAGGUCCAUGUGUUGUUUGAACCUCACCCACUGACCCAGCUCUUCUACAUCUCCACCCACUCUUUCUGUCUAAACCAGACAGACAGACAGCUCUCUGAGUCAGAGCAAAGCCAACUUUAUCAGUCUAAUGGUCUUCUUUUCAUCUUCUAGACCCCCCUUUUACAAGCUCAUGGCCCUUUACCAAACAAGAACUUGUGGGGGGGUUCUAAUGAAUACCUUUCAUCAACAUGUUUUGAAGGGCUGGAUGAGGACUCGCUUGGAGGAGGCCAUUGGAGGUCACAUGAAAUUCUCAGAAUUGUUUUUCCACACUGCAAGGAGGAAAGGAUUCGGACCAUCAAGAAAGUCUCAUUCAGUUCCAAACAUCUGAAAGGCUGAGAGCUCCUGAGAGUUUCACCGUGCAUAACUGCAUGAUUGGCAAAGAUAUGCUUUGACAGAGUAUACCUUUUGUUCAAGGGAAUAUAUGAGUUUUACUUUAAUGCAUUUGACCUUCCUUAAAGGAAAUUAGAACUUAAGGAGCUUUAAGUACAGAUUACAGGCUGUAUUCAAAAAAGGCUGGUGGCAAAGAUUGUUCUCAUUCCUCAGAGUGCCAUUAGUAUGGUGUCAUGUCUUGGAAAAAUACACAACCUGCCCAGAAUCAUAAAAACAAAUUUCCGACCAGCAGGUUUUGUGUUUUUUUUUUUUUUUUUUUUGUGUAUUUCCAUUUCAAGUUCAUUUAUCCCAAGUUGACCUCCUUGCUGCUGUGUGGCUCAGUCGGUAACGAGAUCACACCUACAGUUUAUUUGUUUUUUUCUCUCCUGUUUUAACCACAAUGGAAAACUUUUGUACUUGGUUCAUUUAAGUUCAAAUUGCUCAAUUAGAAGUUAAACAGGGCUCAUAAACAGAAGUCACUCGACUUUACCCAGGAGCUCUUAUGCCGGACUGAGACAGGUAGCUCCUUUUGGCAGCUGCAAACAGUCAAAUAUUAUUCUCUAAAUUCUGCAACGUGAGACAAAAGAGCCGAACAUGAGUAUCAGUCCAGAUGUGACUCUUUUUUCAGCUUCAGUAUCCAGUAAAGCUCGUUCUCCCUUGAGUUCUGUGGUUGUUGCCUGUUGGUUUAAAUUACAUCUUCACCUCUAAAAAAUCCGCUCAUGGUUAGCAAGCAGCUCGAUGACGUUAUUUAGUGUGAACAAAAGUUCAAAUGACCUCAUUCUGGUCAAAUAAACUGAUCUGUGGGGGAAAUGCUUCAGACUAAAUAAAAUACUGCUGUUAUGUAGAUCACAGACUGAGAUGUUUGCUCCAACAUGAUCAGACUUCUUCACAGCGUGUGUCUGCUGUUUCGUUUCAGGGUGAUCUACCUCCAGGUGAGCAUGAAUGAUGGCCUGUCCUUCAUCAGCAGCAACGUGCACAUCACCACAACGGAGUGUGUAAGUGACAGCUUUUUGACGAUGUUUUUAACAUGCACGACACUUAGGUCGGGUGAUGUACCAGUUUGAAGACGCUCACUAGGAUGCAAAUAUUUACCUGUAACCAUAGCGAUUACCGUAUAGCAAGAUCCCUGACAUGGAGCCAUGUAUCCAUGUUUACAUAAGCAAAAUUUCUUGAUCUGAUUAAAAAUUUGAGGGAUUGGAAAAUCUUAAUUCACUGUUUAUAUGGACGCAAAGUCAAAUAAUCCGAUCAUGUCCUGUGUAUAAAUGCAUCAAGAUUGAUUCCGUUUAGAAGCAUUUGGACCUGUGCAGAGCGUCUGAUUUGGCUAAAAUAACCACAGAAGAAGAGUUGUAUUUAUGCCUGUGAUGUCAACAAAACAACGAACGAGAUAGUGGCUCACUUCAUCCAAUUCAGGAUUUUGCUCCCUUCAAAUGUUGUUACUAGAUGGCUCCCUUGCUUACUUAUUUUACCAUUCUGUCAAAGGUUGCACUGUGCGUGUAGAUGUGACAUCAUUACACAGUAUGUACGCCUUGUAAUGUUCUCGGAGGAGCAGACACGGUUUUGAUUUUUGCCAGGGUGUUAAUAAUGAAACCUCCUGUACUGGCAUCAAUAAAUAAACCAAAGGCUAAAGAGUGAAGACCGAGUCAGGUUAAGGAGUUGUGUAAGUGUUUACAUGGGCGUCUUUCGGAAUAUUGACAUAAACCGCCCCUCUUGAGCGGAAUACAAGUUCUUCCCGAUUGAGCCAAAUUGGAUCAGGAUCUUCCGAUCGACAUGUUUACAUGACGCAUUUUUCCUCUUAUCUGAUACUUCAGUCCAGGAUGAAUAAAGGGAACUGUAGCUGUUGACUUGUGGUUAAAAAAGAGGCAAUUACUGUAAAUUGUGACUCAGCUAAAGCUCAGCUGAUUCAAUGAUAAACACACUUUAUAUCUGACAAAGUCUCACAGUUAAAGUCCCCUGUGGUUAUGUUGUUGAAAGACCUCUAUUUUCAAACAGUCAUGUCUGGGUAUAGCACGUUUUUUGCGGCAGUAACUUGACACAACUGAAAAUAUUAAAAACAGAUGCAUAAAUAUAAAUAGGUAAGUAAGACACACACAGAUUCAGUUCAAGGAUACAAUGUAUUCAGAAAUGAACAUGGUGACUAAAAAGAACAUCUUUCUUUUGAUGCAGGCACAGAUGAAUAUGUUGAGUAUGUUUAUUUGAUAGCCAAAAUAUAUGACAGUUUUUUCCUGGAAAGUUUUUAAUUAAUUUUUAUUUAUAAAUACUGGUGACAAAUACAGUUUGUUUUUGGCAUUUAAAUGUUAAAACUGUCAGAGCCAUUCGUUGUAUUUGUCCUGGUGCCAAACUAGGUGGCGUAAAUUCCUGUUUUGUUGACUAUAAGUAGAAGAAAACACAAUUAGUGGCAGGUGUGUCGGUAGCUGGAGAAGCUAACAGUUUUUUGACCAUCAUCAUCAUUAAUAUCAACGUUGUUGCCAUUCGUUUGAAUUUGCCUGCGUCUUUAUUUUGAAUUUGGUUUCUUUGACAAAAGAGGAAGAAUAAACAAAGAAAAUGUGACUUUGACUAACUGUUUCAUUUACACUGGGAAACAAGUAGGCACAGAAGAUGCGUCAAUUGUGCACCUCAGCAGCUCUAAGGAUAGUUUCAGCAGGCGAAAUCAAGUCACUAUAGAAACUUCACUAUUUAAACAGCAGGAUUAAAGUGUUUUCAGGAUAUUUCACGGGUUUGUGAUAUAAUAAAGAGGUUCUGUAUUCUGCCUUGUAUUGCAUUCCUCCCCUCCAGCGUCUGCUUCUCCUGUCUUCACCAACCUCUGCUCUUACACACUUUUCCUAGAAGUCUGUUGUUUUGUUCUCUGCAGUGAGUUUCCCCUCUCCUUUUCAUCUUCCCUUUUUUAAUUUUGUUAUCCUCCCCUCUUUUUGGGAGCCAAACCACAGGGGUUUCUAGUUGAGAUCCACCCAAGAGAAGGCCCUCUGAACCCCGAGGGUGGCAGAAGGUUGGAGGAGCAGGUUCAUGACCGCGAGGCUGAUGGCUCACUCUCAGUUUUUUGGUUGCGAAAGUGAAAGGGAAGACUCAGGGAACAGCCAGUUGGAUCAGGUCUUGUUGCACCCAGGUGUGUGAAUGUAAAGAAAUGUGUCAGUGUGAAACCGGGUGGAGCGUCUUCCCCUCAAAACCAAGAUUAAACAAGACGCAAUUUAAGACAGUUUAAAGCAGUUUCACAAAAUAAAACACGUAUGCUGGAACAUAUGGACCAAAGCCACAGACUCCCACCCAGCCGAGAGAGAGAGAGCUCUUUGAAGCUGUUCUGCUUCACUCCAUAUGACUUUGUUUCCUUGGAAAUACUGUGGAUUCAAACGGCUGUGUUGUGGUUCAUGAUAUACAGAGCUCCAUUAAACAUAGAAUUGCAAUUAGCUGCUCCUCGCCAUGAAACUAAACCAUGCAGGAUGGGGUCACCUCAGGAUUAAGGAGGCGGGAAAAGUCGCUUACAUGAGAUGUGAAGGUUUGAAGCUAGAAACAACACGCUAAGAUAUCAAAAACAAAGUCAAAUCCACAAACCCCCCCCUCCCGCAACCCCUCCCCUAAUCUCCCUAAAAUGCCAUUUCAAGAAGUUUCAGCCUUUGUGGUGGGUGCAUAAAAUAUGCGCAUAUAGCAUGAGAAAACACACAUUGUAUAUUCAAGGGCGACAAAACACAGAUGUGGUCAGUGUUGGUGUUUUUGUCAUUGUUUGCUGAACCAUUACUUCUCAAAUCCCGCGUGUCAGCUGUUUGAUGUUAAAAAUAAAAAUCUGCUGAUUGGUGAACUUUCUGAGAAAGAGUCAUUUGGCUUCAGUCAUGUGCACGCUCUCUGACAGACCCCCCUCUGCUGAGAUCAGAUGAAUCCCCCCCUCCAUCUUUUGCCGCAAGACAGAUAGGGGAAAGUCUGGCCACAUGUGAUCCUCAUCUGUGGUCUGUAAUGGGAACCAUGUUUGGCUCAUGGAUGACUGCCUGGCUUGAAGUGGGCAAAGAAACUGAUGGAUUCAUUCAAGGAUCAAAUAUUAGGCAUUACACUAACCUCUGUCAUCAGUGAAAACAAAACAGGAUUAUUUAUUGUGACAGUGUUGAAGAAAAAAUCACAUUAAGUGAUUGAGUGUGUGAUCACUCUUUUAUUGCUGCUUUUACUGCUUCUUUGCAGGAUGUUUUGAGCUUCUAGUGCUGCUCCUAUUUUUAUUACAACUGGGGAAAGCUUUGAAAAAUUGGUUUCACUUACACGAUUUUCUCGACAUUUGUCCAAGAAAACUUUGGUGAAGGAAAUGGGCUUUUAUGCUGUUGUAACUGAAUGUGAAGUAGUGAUUUGUCCCCUCAUCCUGCCUGUGUGUCUCCUCUUCCAGUUUGAUGGCACUAUCCUCCUGAUCACUCUGCUGGUGUUGUUCCUCCUGCUGGCUCUGCUCUUCAUGUGGUGGUUCUGGCCGCUCUGCUGCACUGUGGUAAGAAACUUCAACUCCUCUCAGGAAGUGGGCAAUUUUGAAAAAGCAACUCUCGAAUGAUAAUUGUUCAGAGUUCAAGCGGGUUUGUCUGAACUCCAAAGGGCCAGUCAGCACCUAAUAGGGUCUUAACACAAGACAAACAGAAGAGCCUUUAAGAGGACCUCUGAGACAUGUACUGCUGCUGUGAUUUAUGUGUUUCUGAAAACUAUCUCUCGUCCUUCAACAGGUGAUCAAAGAACCACCUCCUCCACCUCCUCCUGAGCCUGUAAGUCAAAACCCAAGUUUAACAAAGAUGUUAGCUUUGUCUUUAUAGUGUAUAUUGAAAUAAAAACCCAAUGAACUCAGUAGAACUUAAGUUCUUGUUACUCAGACCUACCAUCAAUAUUAGCAUAUGAGCCUGUCUAUUUCAAGAAUGGGUGUUUAAACUCAUGAAUGCAACUCAUCAAACCAUGCCAACUUACAGCCUGAUCAACUAAAGGCUUGCGUGUGCAAAAACAUCUGCAAACUUGAUAGCGCGCGCAAAGCUGAUCUACUAAAUGGGUGCACCGAGGAUUGGAUCUGUCAAAUGAGCAAAACAGCGCACAAUCCAUUUAGCGUGUUUGCCUUUAUAAAUAUGCAGAAUGUAUGUAGAUCAUCAAAACGCACAAAAAUUCUGAGAGGAUGCGGUCGCUGUUUUGCGUCAAUAUUUAAUACGUUUGAAAGGCACAUGCAAACUGGCACAGUGUUACGCACAUAUGGCUGUAGUCAUUGCGGGGAGAAGGAAGCAAAAGUGCAAAAGCGUUUUCGUAGUAAAUGACGGUUUUGAUAAAUAAUUAGGUCAAACGCGGAAUAGUUGCAAAAAUUGAUCACUUUAUCUUAUUAAUUUAAAUAGUUUGAAUCUCUUUUUUUAUUUCAAAUAUAUUUUCUUGCAUCUGUAAAGUAUUUUGAAUUGCCUCGUGUAUAAAUGGUGGUAUACAAAUAAACUUCCCUGGCCUUUUAUGCAGUUGCUGGCUUCCCCAAAACGAUAGGUACAACUUCAUGGCUUCAACUUCAUUUUUCAUCUACAAUCACUCUGCUCUCACAAACUCUCCAUGGUGACCGCCAAUAGCACACACAAAAUCCUCUUUUGCACCUGUUAUCAAUGCACAUGCAAUGAUAGUACACAUACCUGCAACACACCACUAGUAGCACAUGCAGUUUUUUAGUUUGCACACACAAUUUAGCACUCGCUAUUUGGGAUCGUAGUAGAUCAGGCCCUAAGUGUGUAAAGGUUAUAAAAGCAGCUAAUGAUUUUCUGAGUUUAAAAGCACAUUACCGAGUAACAAAGCUUGUUUUUUCUGUUCUAGGAGUCAGAUGAUGAAGAUGGCCUGCCCAAGAAGAAGUGGCCCACUGUGGAUGCCUCUUACUACGGAGGAAGAGGAAUUGGAGGGAUCAAAAGAAUGGAGGUGACAAAAUGAAAAGCGCAGACAUUCAUGAUUACAUCUAAAAUUGAGUAAACUGAUAAAAAAGACUCUGUUGUAUAUUCAUGGAUGAGUUUGUUGGGUUUGUAGGUGCGUUGGGGAGGAAAAGGCUCCACAGAGGAGGGGGCCAAACUGGAGAAGCCAAAGAACGCUGUGGUGAAAAUGCCCGAGCAGGAGUACGAGCCUUUCGAGCCCAAACCAAAGAAAGCUCACAACAAGAAGGCGCCUCAGAACCGGAAGUGGUACACACCCAUUCGGGUAAACACACUCACACUCUCAUUCUCACUUUGGACCAGCAGACAGUGGAGCUUUAAAAUGAGUUGACUUAUCCAUGAGAAGCUAUAGGAGACCACAGAAAUGCUAUCCCGUAACAAAAUAUCAGCUUUUCAGGAACUCGAAAAUCUGCCCUAUUUACAGUUAGACCGCUUUGCAUUUUUGAGCUCUUGCCCAGUGAGUUUCAAAUAACUGUGGUCUGCCGAAUUUUCUCAACCCACAGAGAGGCCCGAACUCCUUCAAGUAAGGUUAAAACAUGAAAAGCACCAUGAGUGGAGCUGUGAAGUUUUCACAAGACAGCAGGGAGGGAUAAAGCCUGAUCUGGCUUUGUUUGUGUAUCAUUAGUUUCAUGAACACAAAAUACCGAACGAUCAAUGUCUACAUAUAACCGAAGUGAUUUAACAUCUUCUCCAGACAGAGGGACAUUAUUAAAACUGGCGUCAGGGCUGUUUGUACUUCAGAUAUAUACCACAGUACAGCUUUGUGCAGCAACACUGGCCCUCUAUACAGUAGUAGUACUCACUGUUAUCUUUUGACACAACUACCUUACAGCUUUGAAUGCUGUAUUUGCAAUAUGAGUCAGGACUGCAACAGCACUGCAGUGAUUCAAUGACAAAUCGGUAGGUGUACCGGUAAAAUGUAGGAGCACCGGUCAAAAAAUAGAAGUUUAACCACUUCAUUAUGCUGUGAACACUUUUAACUGCUAGUUUCAAUUUCAGGAAAGCCCGCUUCUCACAAAACGCUGCUGCUUGUUAAUCCACAAUAACACAUUAUCAUCUCCAAACUAAGGAGUUACUGUGAUUGGUCGAACAGAGCAAAACAGACCUCUUAAAGUUGAACUACAUGUUCCUCAGAUUAGAUAGCUGUUUUUGCUGGAACUAUCACUGCUUUCCUUCGUAUUAGAAGUAAUCUGCUACUUUUGUUGCUGUUCAGUUUUAUCCUCGCUCUCCAUGGCAGAUUGAUGUUUUCGGUAAAAUGAACUGCUCUACUAUCAGCCAAAGAGUUUCUUUUUCAAAGUCCACGUGUUUUAAAUUAAUCCCGUCUCUACCUAAACACGACCCAGUGACUAAUCAACCUUUAGCCAGAGAGGAAGGAACCAAUCAGGCGAGUCAGCUGCUGUAGUGUUAGUUUGGGAUUAAAACCUGCAGACUCUUGGCUUUGAAGGACCACAGACCAAAUGUUCGCUGAUACAGAAGAAUCAGUAUUAAUAGGAUUUUAUUAAGUUAUGGACAGCGGCAUGGAGGGGUCUGGUGUCCAGAUGUGUCCAGAUGUUUCACCCCCUCCCUCUCCUCUCCUCUCUCCUGUGCAGGGUAAACUGGAUGCUAUCUGGGCUCUGUUUCGUCGCGGGUACGAUCAGGUCUCCCUGAUGAGGCCUCAACCUGGUGAUCAUGUGAGUACAAACCAUACUGUGGUGUGAAUGAGCUAACUUUGAGAUGUUGUGGAGUAUUUUUCCAAAAGAUAGUUCAUGGAACUAAGAAAAGGACGGUUCAAGGUAAAUCUUUUUGAGCUGAUACUGAUCACCAACUAUAACCUACUGGAAAGUCAGGAUGUAAGAAAGACUGAUGCUGCGUUCCAGUCACCUCGGAAGUCAGAUGUCGGAGCUGGGAAUGACGUUACACCCGGGUUGACAGCAUUCCAGUUAACAAGUCGGAAAACAAAGAUGGACGCCUACUGUUACCUGUCGUUAGCUGUUGUUUACAAUUGUCAGCUGUCAUUAGCGGUUUUCAAAUGUUGUUAGUUGUUGUUAGCUAUACUAGUUGUAAACAAUGCAUAACACAGUAUUUUGCUCUUACAAACACCAUAGCACCGUGUUAACAGUUAAACGUUGGGCGGUACAACAUAUACCACUUAUUUAAUUUCGAAGUGCUAAUAAAUAAUACAUCACAAAAACUUUCACUGUUAUUCUUUACUGUUGAUGCACUGCAUCGCCAUCUUGGAUUAUGACGUUGUCGUCAAGUCGGGGUUGGUGAGGAUCGUCCGACUUUCCGUGUCAAAAAUCCGAUUUCAGGGGGGUGUUUCAGAUGAAUUUCUGACUCUGAGCUCGGAAAUUCUGACUUCUGGCUACGUAGCACGUAGCAUAAAAUCUGACAAAAAAGAACUGUUCUCGCUCUUCAAAUAGCAUCAAUUUUCUUUAAAAAUUCUGUUGUAUUAUCGACAUAAUAGAUAAUAAUAAAACAUUUUCUUUGAGGUUAUUUUUAAAACAUGUCAUGCACCUCCAGUUUAAGCAGUAGUAGUUGGCUUGUCAGACAGUCAAAUAGUCACUAUUUCUUGCAAAUGCAUUUAGAGAAAAGAUAUGACACAAGUCUUGAAAAUCUGGCAUGACUGUUACACUGGCUGCAAGGUAAUCAAAUAUAAACUAUGUAAAUCAUUAAUAACUUGAUGAUAAAGGUGUGUUUGUUUGAUUUUUAUAUUAUUUAAACCAGAUGUAAGACUUUAAACCAGGCCACAUGCACAUUGUUUCAUUUGGUGACUCAAAAGAAGUGAAAAUCCGCACAAAUGCCUCAGCUGUCCCAAACUGUAUCAACAGAAAAGAUGCAGAGGAGAAAAUAGUCGUCUCGGCUGGUACAGUGUAGAUCAGGCAUUAGGGUCAAUGAAGCCUCGGUGCAUGAAUUUUGCCAAACUGAGGUCUGAGCUGUCAUGACUUUGUCCAAUUCCUGCUCUGUCCUGUGUGAUAAUCAGAGCCUCAAAAAACCUCAGAAACCCGACACUAUGUUAAAUGUCUUCCUGUCUGUCUGCAGCUUCAGUCAUCUGUACCCAUUACUCAUCUCAUCCUCUCCCCCCCCGUCUGUCUGUCUGUCUCUCCGUCUCAUUCUCUCCCGGUGUUUCUGGUCUGGCUAACACCUCCGCUGGCCCGUCUCCAUCUCGUUCAGCUGGCCUCACUCUCACACCUGCUUCAGAUUAGACGCCAUAAAUCGGAUAGAAGGCAGAACCGCAGCUCACACCCGGACACAUCCUUUUAGCUCGAUAGGAGGUUUUUCGUGUGUUUGAGCUGGUAAAAAUUCUCGCUUCAUCCCGGAUCAGCCACAUGGUUUAGUUUUAAUGCGCAGAGCCUUUUUAUCAAUAAACCACAGAUAGGAGUUAAAUGUGGGGUUAGGAUGAGAGUUCACUGAGUACAAAAGGCUCUCCAGAGACGGUUAAAAUCCCUCUGCAACAACCAGCAAAGUCCGUUUUAGCGGUUAAAUUUGCAAUGGUGGAUCUUUGUCAUUUCUCACCUCAUUAAUCAGCUGUUUUCUCACUUGUAGCACUUAGCAAACUUUGGAGUUCAUAAGAUUUCUUCUCCCAAUCUGUUUUUCUUUAACUAUCUGUUGUUUUAAUUCCUACGCUCCGCUCGGCCGCCUCUCCCGCUGAUCAGACCCGUCCUUAGCUCUCAUUAAAACCAUGCCCUAUUAGCUGAAAAUUUCCAAUGAUGUCUUUUAACAGGAAUUCCACAUUUAAGAGCGUUGCACUGGCACCAACACAGGAACAGAGACGAGGUUUGCACACAGCUUUCCCCGGGAUGAAGGGACCACUAAUAACUCCUGAAAAGAGUCAGCUUCAAUCUGAUAGAAGCACAAAAAGAGAUUUUGUGUUUGAUUUAUAUUCCAUUAAUUUUAUCCCACGAAGGGAGGCUUUUUGCUGCUAAUGUGCCCUCUCCAUGACGCAAAGUUCAGACUCCUGAGGAAAUCGUGUCGCCCUUUUCUGCUCAAAUGAUGUCGUCUCUUUGAGUUCUCUGUGGUCUGUGAUGAAGCGGCAGAAACAUGUCGCAGGCCAGCGGGACAGCUCAUCUGCAAGUUGUGUAAUGUUUAAAUUUAAACACAAAGGAGUGGAAACAAAAGCAGAACAGCCCUUCUCCUCCCUCCCUCCCUUCCUAUUUAACACUACUUCAGUGUUACCUGCAGAGAGAUUUGGUGUUCAAUUUCCUAACAGAUCACGUUGAGGGCAGUCUCACACCCCGAGGCUGGCUACGGUUCAAACUUAAAGAACAUUCGCUCUUUACAUGCAGCUGAGUUCAAUCUGGAUUCUUUGUUGGUCAUUUUCUAGUCAUGUUGUUUUUUCAUCAAAGUGGUUGCUGGCGCUGUAACAGACAGACAUCCCCCCAGGGAUCGGCCUGGAUCAGGGCUGUACAGCGUGGUCAUCAGCCUCCUGAUUUCGGAGGUCUUCUCCUUCAGCUUUACAGACACACACACUGAAACAUUUUUCUCUUUUCUUGCGCUAUAAACCCAGUAACCCUUUGUCAUGUUUGUGUAGCAUAGGCUCCAUACGGUGUGAUGUAAAGCAGAGUAAGUGCAGCUGUGUGUGAGUGUGUGUGUGUGUGUGUGAGAGAGAGUGUCUUUGUUUCUGCUUUUCUUUAAAAUACUUGAGUGUGUGCAUGCAGUGUGUAUGUAUGCUCACAUAUAACCCUAUAAUUUACCAGAGACUGACCACAGCUCAGCUCAGAGGGAUGAAGUUAUCUACAUUUGAUACAGCAGUUCUCCAUUAUGAGAGUGUGUCACCAAACCACAACCAAUUAUACUGACGUCAGAGUGAGCAGUGUGGGGCUGAGCUGGUUAACUCACACACACACACACACACUUUCUCUCUCUCUCUCUCUCUCUCUCUCUCUCUCUCUCUCUCUCUCUCAUUUACAUAAACACAAAUCUCCCCAGGAAAGCAUUUUGCAGGCUUAAGGACAUGAGGUAAUACCUAAGCAGACUACUGCCAGGGCUGUCUCUACCAACUGACCAACUAUGUCUCACACACACACACACACACACACACACACACACACACACACGUUAUGCCAGGCUGAGACAUUUUUAUGGCCUUGGUGAGACUGUAGACAUGGAGGAGGUCAGCGGUAAAGAACAAGCUCUUUUUUCCUUCUUUGGUCCUAGAAAUGCUCAAAGGUUCGACCCACAGCUGGGCGCCAGCAGAACAAUGUGCGCAAAGCUAACAUGAUUUUUGAAAAAGAUCGAUUAUUCCUCAAUGCCGAUACCAAUUGUUAGAGGGGGGGGGGAUCUGAUGACCGAUUAAUCGGCCGAUUUUUUUUAUUUUUUAUGAAGUUUUAAAAAUAUAUUUAUAUACUAUCUACAGUAUACUAUAUACAGUGGAUAAACUGUAGGUUACUGCUCUUCACGCCGACAGGAAGACUGACCCCCCCUCCGAUCGGUGCCUCUGCGUCUUAACUCAUGUUACUCAUUUCCAGUCCGGUCUCAUCUGGAGACAUGCAGCUGCCUCAGUUAGAGAAGUAGCUCAAUCACCUAAUGUGUACUGUUGUUUAUUCUACCGUUACUAGCACGGCUAACAGUGUAGCAAGGCUAAUAGCAGAUGGCUAACUCUAACUUUAGUUUGCAUGUUACAUAAUGCUUCACCAUUAACUAGGCGUGACUGAGACCAGCACAGCAGGGAACAUCGUGAAGUGGGUUGAACUGAAACUUGUUGACUUAUUGUGUAUUUCACAAGCUAGUUUAUUUACCAUUGAGGCGGACCACUCUCCUCUGUGCGUCAGUGAGCUGCCCGCUUCAGAUCCAUCACUCUGCUGUGCUGUGAGGUAGUUAGUGGAUGAAGAUUGUCAUGAAGUCGCUGUGCCAUCUACUGGAUCUUUUCAAAUGGUGGAACAUUUUCAAAGUGAAACUGAAUCUUAUUCUCCACAUUUUAUUUCUGAAAAUACCGGCGAAAAUCGACAAGUUUAGUCUCAAACGGGCUAAAAUUGGACGAUUUAAAUCGGUCGGGCCCUAGUUCCCACUGCUAACUGUACCCUACCACCUUACAAAAGAACCGUGUUAGCUACCGUACAAGUCCUAGAGAGUACAAAGUUUGUUUUUUAGGGAGUCGCAUGUAGAUCACAGCUGAAAUAGACAAAAAAUUGACAAGUUGAGGCUUUAUCCACUCUGUAUCAGCCAUGUAUGUCACAAAAGUUGUUAAUCUCUUUGUGCAGGAAACAUUUGUCCUUGAUCUAUCUCCUUCUCCCUUUGCAUCCAUCCUUGCACCCACUCACUGCUCAGCUGGGGUUCGAGUGUAAAGCAGCUGCUUUAGAUUUAGUUUUAGUUUCCUGAUAAGUUCAAACUCAGACACCAUUAUAACACUUUAAAGUAUUCCCUGAUAUGAACAAAAACAUAAACAAUUACACAAUUUCAGUCAUCCAUUAGGUCAGGAGAAAUAUGAUCCAGUGCUAUCUUCCCUCUCUUCUCAAGUGUCUCGAUCGCAGUGUGUUCAGCUCCACUCUGGCUGCCCAAAUAGAAGUCGGACUGUACAUCUAUUUAGCACCUUUUCUUCACCUGUGAUAGUGGAAACACCUUGCAGAUAUAAAUCAGACAGCUUUUUGAAAAGACAGCUUUAAUAAACUCCAACCAGAAGAAAGCUACACGACAGGAAAAUCUCCACAAAUUAUUAAUUUUCAGUUUGAAUCAAAGUGUCAGAUAAGAAGAUCUAAACCAGACAGUCACAUAGAUUUAUUGUGUGAUAAGGAUUACAAUAUUCCCAUAAGAGUGUUGUAAUCUUAAGAAGCUUCCCGUAUGUUAUUUCACAGAAACAGAUCUUUUUACUGAGAACUGAGGUGCUUUCCAAGCUGUAACCACAAACAGCUGAAAAAUAAGAAGCGGAUUAUUCAUUUGUUUCACAAUAAGUCUAUAAGAUGGAGCAGGUCAAGUUUAGUGUGUUUAUUUCCAAAGAAAGCUCCGUGGGUUUUUCCAACAUUGAAAGCUCCUCCUUCACGCAUAUUCAUCCAUGAAACUCCAGACUUGAUAAGUGUUGACAGACCACAGUUGGUGUGUCGCUGCCUAAAUCUUGUCCUCUCUGCUCUGUUUAGUCAUCUUGGUGUUUUUGCUCAUAGCGGCUAGUUUAUCAUACAGGAUAACUUGGACAUGCUCAUGCUGAAGGUUUCAGUUUUUAUUCUUAGCCUUAUGGUGCUUCUGUGUGAUUGUGUAGAUGGGUUUGAGCAGAGUCUGUGAUAGAUGUACAGCUAUGUGCGUUAUUAACGUCCAGCUAAACAGAUGAAGACACGGUGCCUGAAGAAAUAAAGGCCUAAAGAGAGACACAGGAGAAAUACAGCAGUUUGAUCUUUAUGUUUAAUUUAUGUACUUUAUGUUUGAUCAGUACAAAAGAGGAUUAAAUAAGAGAAAAAAAAUAACUACAGGAGGGAGAUUUUAUCUAAAAAUUAUAGUCGAAAUUUUAAAAAGUUGAAAUUUCGACUUUAUUCAUGUCGACUCUCAUCUUAAAAUGUUGACUUUAAUCUCAAAUUUUACUUCUUUAAUCUUGAAAUUUCAAUUUUUAAUCUCGAAUUUCAAUUUCUAAUCCCGAAACUUCGACUUUAAUCUCCUUCCUGCAAUUAUUAUUUUUCUCUUCAUGUGGCCCUAAUCCUCUUUUGUAGAUCAGGAUGUCUAUCAUGAGUCAAAGUUCGUCGAAAAGAUUUUAAGAAAUUGCACAAACAGGUACAGCUGUUGUUUUGUUGAAGCUGGUUUCCCAACACCUAAGUCAUACUCAGCUCCUUUCUCGUUUUCCACCCUGCUCCCAUAACUCGGUCUAACACUGUUACUGGUCAUUAGCAGAUUAACAUUACUUCACUCUAAUCUAACUGCCAACCACAUGCAGUCAUAGAGCUGGUCAAGUCACUGUGAAAUCCAGUGAAGCUCGUGGUUUCUGUAAAAUUUUACGAGAACCUCAGGAGGGAAAUCAGAUUCCUGCCGGAACAAAUUCAUUUGUUUUACAGUCUGAUAAGUUUGCUUAAACCUGUUAAAAUUUCCAAAUAAAAUACAACCUUUAACCCCCCAAACAGACCCUGCACACACGCACAUAUUCACCAUUCACACACCCAAAUCCAGAUCUGUCUAUAUGCUUAAACCCUUUCAUAGUGGUUUUUACUCACCAGUCUGGUUCUGGUGCUUUGGUUACCCAGUCAGAGCUUGUAGACGGAUCAUGAACCAACCUGAAACAUUUGGGUCCUAUUUAAGCCGUCUGAAGGGUAUCAUCUUCGGCACAUCUGGUCAUGUCUUAGUACAGGUUGAUGGAGAAGCAGCACAUGAUGUCAUCAGUAACAGAGGCACAGGGGGCAAAGAGGUUGGAUUGGAUCUCUUGAUUAUCGUUAAAGGGAUAUUCCAGAGUAAAAUUAAUUUAGGGUCAAACACACCAUAAAACCGAUCUAGACACCCCCUCGAGAGAUGAAUGUUGCUGACUGCUUGCUUCUCUUGUUACACCAACUUUAGUAACGACCGCAGGAUAGCAAUACACAGAGGUUUGAGGAGCCAUAAACAAACCUCAACCAAACGCCACUCUAUAGCUACAAAUAAUGCUCAGAACAGCACCUAACUUCAUCAACAGUACAUAUAGGGUCCCAGCCACAGCAUUUCUUUAGCAAAAAGACUAAACACAACUCACCUACUCUCUUUCAGCAGCUGCUUGUUUGUGGUAAGACCUCGGGCCAGUCCAUUAUGGACUGCUGUGGGGUGACUUAGUUCAAGGAAGAACAUUUAUGAUCAUUUCUUUAUUAUUUCCUUUAAGUAAUGACCACAAUAUUAAUCCUUUUGCACUGCAGACGCAGUAGUUCUUCUGCCUUAAUGUCUCAGUCUGAUCAUAAAUGUUCUUCCUUGAGCUGCGUCCCCCCACUGUAGUCAGUAAUGGACUGGCCUGAGGUCUCUCUACAGACAAGCGGCUGCUGGAAGAGAGUAGGUGAGUUGUGUUUAGUCUUUUGUGUAAAGAAAUUAGGCAAAGUUAAAAAGAUGUUUGGUGGCUAGUACUAUGGCUAGGACCCUAUAUGUACCGUUGAUGAAGUUAAGUGCUUUUCUGAGCAUUAUUUGUGGCUAUAGAGUGGCUUUUUGGUUGAACGCAUGGCUCUCUGAAUUGCUAUCCUGCGGUUUUUUAUAAAGUUGGUAUAACUAGAGAAGCAAGCAGUUGCCAACAUUCAUCUCUCGAGGGGGUGCCUAACUUGGUGUUACAGUGUGUUUGACCCCCAUCCAUGUGUGACACAGUAAAUCAUUUGCCUUGAGGUGCUCACUUUUAUCCAAGGCUGAUGGAAAUGUUGUCACUUUUUGUAACGUUGGACGAAUUAUACAAUAUUUUAACAUGUUGUGUGAUUUUAUUUUGAACCUCAUCGGUGAACUCUCUGGAAACAUAACCAGUUGAAAAAACAGAUUUGCACAUAAACCUGUUUUGAUGUUUUGUCUCUUUCCUUCUUUCAGGGUCGAUGCAUCAACUUCACACGAGUCAAAGACGAGUCAGCAGCGGCUAAGGCCAAACCCCGCACUCCAAUCCACACCCCCUCGCCUCCACCACCGGACUACCCCUCUGUAACCCGCACCCCAUCCUCAUCUCCCACUUCCGCCAGCCCGCCUGUCAGAUCACCUCCAUCAGGACAGGUACCACCAGGACCGCCACCAGCCCGCACACCCCCAGGGCUACCCUGCCCACCACCAGCACGUCCCCCUCCCACCCUACGACCCUGAGCCGUCAGAUCAAACCCCUCUCACCCCCCCCUGCCUCCCCAGCUUUGACGUCACAGACUUAGCGCUCAGACCAGAUCUUUCAGUUUGAAAGGUCCUGGUCCUCACUGCCAAAGAAAAUCCUGGUAUCAGCCAAAGACCAGCAGUAUUUGAAACCCAGACAUUCUGAUUUUUUCUUCUUGUUUCUGGUUUUGGGGGAAUGUCGAGUCAAACUGUGAAAGUGAUGGUUUUGUUGUUUCGAACACGCUACCAUAAACGUAGGAAAUUCUUGGAGGGGUGGAGACAAAUACUCGAAAGACACUCAUGUGGAAAUGUUUCUUAUUUUCAAAUUUGGUGCAGAUUUAUCUAAAGGUUUCAGUUCUUGUUGAUACGCAAUAAAAACUGUCUUUAGAAGCGGUUUGACUCAACAUUCAGGCCUAAACAGAUGGGGAAGGUAAUGACUCUGGGAAAUAUUUUACUUAGUGUCGGCAUUGUAAGAUCAGGGAGGAUUGUUGCUGGACAGCAAAGCAUGUAGGGACAUGAAGUCCACAGAACCGCAGUGGACACAUUUUGAAAGAAAUUUCUUUGUUGUCUUAAUUGACUACUGAGUCAGGCCAAUGUUGUCAAGAAUGAAGUUUGAAUGAAAGUUUUCGAUGAAACUCAGAGUGAGAACUUAAAGCAACUUUCAAUUUGGCUCAUUUCUCCUUUGCUGUGAGGGUAAAUCUGAGAUUUCCAUGAAGGAAAAUCCAAGAUAAAGUGUAAUUGUGGACAUUGUUAACUUGCUCUCAGUGCCAAAUUGUUUCUUCUUCACCUUUUUUUGAUAUUUCUUAAAUAUCCAGAAACAAAUGUCAGUGUUUGACUGAAGCACAGUGCAGUCCCUUUAAGUUGCAGUCCAGUGUGUGUACCAUGAAGUGACAGGGCGGUGUACAGAUGUUUUAUAAAAGGGAUGUUUACACAGUACGUGUUUGAGAUUGGUUUUUGAAUGUUAUAGCAGUUGAUACCUUUGAGGCUUCGGAUAUUGUCCUUAAACACUUUUUCAUGUAGUUAAAUUUAGAAUACAGCGAUAUAUAUUUUUGUUUGUUUUAUUUUUUGGUAUCUGCGCACAUAGACUGCUGGGCAACUACAGUAUGUAUGUUUUUGUUUUUGUUGGCAUUUGAACUUUUAAAGUGAUGAAAUCAGAAAUCAGGUUUAUGUCUCUCCUAAGAUCUUUAUACUCAAUCUUAUACUGAUACUGUACUUUGAUACCAAUAUGAGUGUGUUAUGUCUUCAGCUUUAUCAUCACCGGUCACAUUGCAACUGCAGGGCAGUUCAAAGAGCAUCUAAUUUAUUUUACUCCCCGAGGGAAAUAAAGGAGAGUACUUGAAUAUCGACAAGGUGUCCAACCACACAGACGGACACUGUGCGCAGAGUUUAGAAACAACAGCUAGUCAUACAAAGCCACCAGCUUUUUUCACCCCCCUUAGCUCCACUUAAAGUCAUGUGUAUCAAAAUAAGCCAAGUUUUGCGCUCCACACUUCUCACCAGCAGCUGAAUAGAAGCUAACAGCUUCCUGAACACGUCAGCAUUGAACAGAGAAAACAUUAAAGUGUGAGAUCUUUCCUGAAGGCGUCAAAUUUGAGGUCAAAAAGGAUGCUGGUAUUCUUUUUAUAACCUGUACCUUCCUGUCUGAUUUAUUAUGCUUUUAUUUUGAAGUAUGUCAUCCAGUUAUUUUAAGUACCAUCAUGUUAGUUCCUGCAGUUACAUCAUCUCAGUGCCUUACAGCUGAGCUAAAUGAAGGUGCAUAUGUUGCUUCACUAAUGUUUCCAACAACCCAUGUUGAUUUUGUAUGCAUUUUGACAUGACUCAGACAUCCUCCAACAGUUGUUGAGUUAAAAAACAUGAGAUUUUUAAAAUUGAGGGUACGUCUCUGUUUGAUUUGUUACUUUUUAAAGAAACAUGCAAAAAAAGGAUUAUUCCUCAGAAAACCAAGAAAAUAUCUCAGUUGAUAUUUGGCAACAGCUCAAUGUGGGAUUGUUGGAUUGGGUGUGUUGUACUUUCACUCAUAUACAAACACGUUCAAAUGAAAGGUUUUAUUGUAGUGAAUAUUCUUCAUACUUUGGACUGACCCCGCUUACAUUGCCUUAAUGCAGUGGUUCUCAAGUCCAGUCCUUGACCCCCACACACCUGAUUCAAAUGAUCAGCUCAUUAAGCCAUUCCAGAGCUUGAUAACGAGCUGAUCAUUUGAAUCAGGUGUGUUGGAGCAGGGAAACAUCCAAAACAUGCAGGACAGGGGGGCUCGAGGACUGGACUUGAGAACCACUGUCUUAAUGAAUCUCUCUGAUCAGGACAAAUAGAUCUGGUUGAUAAGUGUCUCUCUUCUUACAGUAUUGUUUGAUAGACUGAUAAGGUUUUGAUUUUGACAGUGCUGAUGUUUGUGUGAAAUGUCCAUCAAAGAUUUUCAGAGAAGAUACAGCACAUCAUGUCAGUCAGUGUUUGUUACACAUUAAAACAGCAGUGCUGAAGCAAUUUUGAACGACAAAUAUGAUUUUCACUUGUUGGUUGACAUGACAUUUUUUACAGUAUCAAUAAAGAUCGACUUUCAAGCUUCUA